CGCAUCGCUCGCCGCCACCGGGGACCGCUGUGGUGCCCGCCUUCACUAGCGCCCAAGAUGGCAGCGGUGGCGCUGCUUCGGGGCGCGGCUGCGGGGCGCAGAAACCCGGCUUGGCACUGGCGGCCGAGCGAGACCACGAGGCGCUGCCUAGCUCGUGGCACCGGCCUUCUCGGCAGCAACUCCACGGACGGUGUAGCCUGGACCUGCUUCCGGCUGGACGGGCGCGCCUUAAUGCGCGUGCGCGGCCCGGACGCAGCGCCCUUCCUGUCGGGACUGUUGACCAAUGAGCUGCCGCUUUCGGGGCCUCCGACCGGCGCGGCUCAGCCCUCUGCGCGUGCGGCGUAUGCCCAUUUCCUGAAUGUGCAGGGACGCACGCUCUACGACGUCAUUCUUUAUGGCUCUAAGCCCAUGUAUAUCUUCUGCAGACUCCCAGAGUGUACGGAGGAGGCACCAAGCUUUCUCCUGGAGUGUGACAGCUCUGUGCUGGGCUCCCUACAGAAGCACCUCUCUGUGUACAAGAUCCGGCGGAAGGUCACUGUGGAGCCACAUCCGGAGCUCCAUGUAUGGGCUGUGCUAUCCUGUGCCCCCCAAACCUCUGAGGCUGCACCUCUAGAAGAGAGGGUAGAAGGCACCACCAUGCUCAUCCGUGACCCCCGGACUGCACGGAUGGGGUGGCGGCUUCUCACCCAGGAUGACGGCCCAGCCCUGGUGCCUAGGGGACAGCUUGGGGACCUCCAAGAUUAUCACAUGUACCGGUACCAGCAAGGCAUCCCCGAGGGAGUCUGUGAUCUCCCCCCAGGGAUGGCCCUACCCCUGGAGUCCAACCUGGUCUUCAUGAAUGGUGUGAGCUUCACUAAGGGCUGCUACAUUGGGCAGGAGCUGACGGCCCGGACCCACCACACAGGUGUCAUUCGCAAGCGCCUUUUCCCUGUGAAGCUUGAAGGCCCCCUGCCUGCCAGUGGCAUCAGCCCUGGCACCUUAGUGGUGGUAACUGCAACAGGCCAGGCAGCGGGCAAGUUCAGGGCUGGCCAGGGUCAUGUGGGACUGGCUUUGCUGCGGUCAGAGACAAUCAAGGGGCCUCUCCACAUCAAGACCUCCGAGAGCCAGCUGGUGGCUGUGACUGCCGUGGUACCGGACUGGUGGCCCACAGCUGCCAAGUAGCUGGAUGCUCUGGCGCUCCACUGGCCUUAGAGUUACCAGAUGCCUUUGAGCCUCUGCCCAAGGUCUUCUGCUCUAUAUGCUGCGCCCUGUUGGGUAUGAGUCCCUGCUCCUGUGGUGGCCUUCUGAAACACACCCACUAGGAAAGUUCCAUGUGUUCCAGGCUACAGAUUGACUGAUGCCUCCUACAGAGGGCCUACUCUUGUAGGCUAUCCUCUCUUGAGAAGUCUGACUGAGAGCCGAGUGACCACCUGAUGCUGGGAGAGAAAAGGGUCUGAGCUCCUGUUUGGACCAGAUUCCAAACGAGAUUUUACACAGUCCAUAUGCCAGGUCUAUAGGCCUAUGUCGGGCGCCAGGUCCCUUACCUUGUUUCCCCUUGGAGGAAGGGACUCUGUGUACCUGCAAAGUUGCUGGGCCAGGCUUUGUGUUCUCUUGAAACUCAUCUCAGGGCAGAGAUUGUAUAGGUUGUAUGCAGGGUCUGGAGGUUUGGAUCCCUUGCAUUGGGAGAUGUGUUCUGUGAGGCACAGGGACUACAUGUCUACUGUCCCAAGAGCUCUUUUCGCUCCUCAAAGUGAGCUUCUGUCUUUUCAUGGAAGCUCUAGGAGGGGUGGAGCCCAGGGCUCAGGUCCAUCUGGGAGGGGCUUCUGCUCGGCUGACCUUUUUGCUGGUUUGGGAUAUCACUAUGCUUUUAGUAGGGAGUGACUUGCUGGCCACUGGUGGGGUGCAUACCUCCCUCUGAGCCACUUUUUCUAACCUUUGUAAUGUGAACUGGGGGUCUCGUCACAAAGCCCAAAGACUAGUAAAGUGUGGUCUGUGAACAGCC